CAUUCACACGGGGCGUAAGCGUUAACGCUUAACGGAGGGCGUGUCUGAAGCUAGCCCUGACGCGACCGUCAUAGAGGCAACAGCCAAUCACAGUGGACCACAACACUAUAGUGACAGGACCAUAAACACAUAGUGACACUGACAGGACCGCAACAGAAUACAACAAAAAGGCGGUUUUUGUUUUGACAGCUAUGGAAGUUGGUUUGGUUGCGUUAGCGAUUGGUGUUGGUGUAGCUUUGACAGCAAAUACCCGCAGGCGACGACGUACCCGUCGUUGUUGGGUACAUUCGAUCCUUAAAAAGCGCCAAGAGCAGGGAGAGUAUCACGGACUUGUCCGGGAGUUGCGUAUGGAUGAGAAACUGUUUGAGCAGUACUUCAGGAUGUCCCCGGACACCUUCGAUGAGCUGCUCGGCAAGGUGGGCCCUAUCAUCACAAAGACCCAUUCCGUGAUGCGGUUGCCAAUUGAGCCUGCCCAAAGGCUUGCUAUCUGCCUUCGGUAAGGAUCAUUUUAACUUUACACUUGCUGUAGACUCGUCGUUUUUAUAAACCUAUGUAUAAUCUACAUAAAGUCAUAUACGAAAAUAUAUAUGUUGUUUAGUUGAGUUUUAUAAGUCACAAACCUGGUAAAAAAAACAAUAGAAAUGUAUGAAUUAAAAACUAUUAGAUAUUUCCUUUCUAAGUUAGUGUGUUUUGGGCGUUAUUCUAAUAGUAUUUAUUGAGGGAUUGGUUAUAAUGAUUGGCUUCCUUCUUCCAGACUUCCUCCCACCAAUAGAAUCAAACACAUAUAAGUAAAGAUUUAAAAAAACUAUUGUUUUCAUUAAAAUCAAAAUAAUUCCCUUAAUUCAAGUACAUUUAUUAACACUUCUGUUGUGCAUUCUAUUGUUUUUUUCAACAGGGUAAGUGGUUUUAAAUAACCAUUAUAAAUAAACUCGUUAAUUAUGUCUAAGUUCAGCUUAUUUCAGUAUGUAAAUACUAUGUAAAACUGCAUAGGUACAAUACGCAGUACAUACAAAACAGACACUGUACACACUGCUACUGUUUUUCUACCUUGUAUGGUAAAUGCAUAAAAUUCAGUAAAAGUAGAUUAUCUGAUAGAUAUGUCCUUAGUAGGACACUGAACAUUGAUACACAGACAGUAAAUCUUAUUAAUGUUAUUGUUUAAAUACCAUAUGUCUUGCUUUUUCCCAGGUACCUGGCUACAGGUGAUUCAUUUAGAACAAUUGCCUUUAGUUACCGUGUUGGGCACUCUACUGUCUCAGGCAUUGUGAGGGAGGUGGCCAGUGCCAUUUGGACAGCCCUGGUGGAGGAGACUAUGCCAGUUCCCAAAAUGGAAGACUGGAGGGCCAUCGCUGACCAGUUCAAUGUGCGCUGGAAUUUCCCCAAUUGUCUUGGUGCCAUCGAUGGGAAACAUGUGGUCUUACAAGCACCGGCAAAUUCUGGGUCGCUUUUUUAUAACUACAAAAGCACCUACUCACUGGUUCUUCUGGCUGUCGUCGAUGCCAACUAUCUGUUUCGGGUUGUGGAUGUUGGUGGCUAUGGCAGGACCAGUGACAGUGGGACUCUGAGAAAUUCCUCAUUCGGAGAGGGCCUCAGAGAUGGCAUGCUUGAUUUACCACCAGAUGCUGUUAUCCCAGGAGCAGAGCAGCGGGGGCCUCUUCCCUAUGUGUUUGUGGGGGAUGAGGCUUUCCCAUUAAUGACAAACCUCUUGCGGCCAUACCCUGGACAUCACGUCCCACCUGAGAGAAGAGUGUUCAAUUACCGCCUCAGCCGUGCCAGGUUGGUAGUUGAGUGCGCCUUUGGCAUCCUUUCUGUUCGGUGGCGGAUGUACCGCCGUGUCAUCGCAACAAGUCCGGAGGUUGCAGAGGUGUGUGUGAAGGCCACAUGUGUUUUGCAUAACUUCCUGCGCAUGAAGACACUGGAAGGAGGGAGAUGUGCACACAGAGCUGAACUCACCAUUGAUCCAUCUUCAGCUUCUGAUGCCCUGAGAGAUGCACCAAGGAUGGGCUCCAACAAUGCCACCCGUAGAGCCAUUGAAUUCAGGGAGACAUACUGUGCCUACUUCAACCAGGAGGGUGCAGUGCCAUGGCAGCCCAGUACAUAGAGCGCACCAACGGCUCUUUUGAAAACCACAAAAGCUCUUUUAAGAGCUACCCAUAUGUCUUAAAAGAGUUUUUUCCAAUAUGCCAUUACAGGAAUGAAUGUGUUGCAUAAUUAUAUUAAGUUUAUAUUUCAUUACUGUGUGUCAUAACCUACACAGCUUUUGCCUUUUUAUGAUUUAAAUAGAUUAAUUACAGGAGAGAACAUACAAAGUCUUGCACAUUCCAGGUCACAGCAAAGUUCUACUAAAGCUGACAUUAUGGUAUAUCAUAAG